AAAAAAAAGAAAAAAUAGGCUAUGGCCUAUGGGUUCCCCUCGAGAACCUCGUGGGUUCACUCCUUUAUGUUUUGCCAAGCAAUAUAUAUACAUACACAAAUCCCAUCUCCUAACUUAUAAACUCAAUCCCUAGCUAGCUACUAUCCCUCCUCUAUAGAAAACAUAUUUAAAAAGAAGAAAGAAAACAAAAAUGAAAGACCAGAAGAACAAUAUUGUCAGUGGUUUAGCUUCGAGCUCACGGCCGUUGUCGUCCACGACCACAACAACAACAAAAACAAAUAGAACAACCGGUCCUCAACCCAAUAAUAAUCUUCCGGUAAGAGCAGGAACAAUAAGGAAGAACAACGAUGCGAAUAGCCUUCAACAUAUUCUUCAGAACAAUCUUCUUCUUCAACGUCGAAUUAAAGAAUACAUUCUCUUCUCCAGGCUCAAGUCUAUGAUACCUCCUCAACCCUCUCAAGAACAGAUAUCAAUAAGGCAUGAAGAAGCAACAGAAGUGGAUAUGGAGCUUAGUGAGAUCCCAUCAGCUGAGAGGGAUUCUGACGAAGAAACAAAGAGUGAUGACGAUGAUGAAGACGAAGAUGAUUUAGGAAAUAUUUCUAUAGACUACGACAGUGAUUUCGAGAAAGAUGGAGAUGAUGCUAAAUCAUUUGUGCCAUCAAUCAAGAUAACUAAAAUAGAAGACUUGAUACUUAUCAACACAACCGUUCUUAAGAACGUUGCAUUAACUUCAUCUCUGUUCAGAAUUUUUGAAGACGAAAACCUUGAUAUAGUGUUCGAGAAUCAAUAUAGAACUGAAUGCAAAGUUGCUCAUACUAUUCAAGUAAGAAUUCAACCAGAAUACAACAUUCAACUAUUGGAGAAGAGGCUUCGGAUGUGGGCAGGAGGAUUGUUAUGAACUCACGGGCCAACUUUUAGCCACCCCGUGUAAUUGGCCCUUGAAUCAGUAUAAUUGCUUAAAUUCAAUUGGUUCUUUAAUAGAUUAGUUUAUUAGUUAAGUUACGUGUUUGUAGUUGUCUAGUCUUUGUCGGUUUUUUGGUGUUGGUGUAAAAAUAUUCACUCCAACAAUCUCCGAGAUGCGGGAAGGUUGAUCCAAUCGCUGCUGUUGACGAAGAAUCUCCAAAGAAUUGAUCAGAGUGGUGGGGGUACCUGCAAAAACACUCCGAUGCUAAAGUCAGCGGAUGUUCAAUGCAAGUAUAUUGUGGUGAAAAGAAUCGUUUUUUUUCUUUUGGUUGAGAUUUAACCUCUAUAUAUAGGCAGAAAGAGAUGUAACUUUAGGGUUUCAAUAGUUAUCCAAAUAACCUCCCUCAUCUGUAUUCAUCCCAAAAAACAACCAGAUUCAUGAUAAACCCUAAUAUUUAU